AUGGGAAAUUGCUAGCAGUGUAAUGAUAAUGCUUCAAAUAAGACUCAAGAGAUCUUGACAACAAAGACAACUAAGAGUAAAUAAAAAAUUGGUAAGAAGUUAAACAAAUAAGAAAUAAAAGGAGUGAUUAAAAUAUAAGCCAAUUUCAGAGGGUAUGUAAUACGAAAGUAUUAUCCUAUUUUAACUUAGAAAAUUUCAGUUUAAAUCUUCUAGAUCGACAGCUUAAAAACAUAGUUCUUCAAUCAUAAAUCAAAAGAGUUCUAAUAAUGAUUUGGUUAUAGCUGAAACCUAAUAAUUGAAAUAGAAUACUCUAUAAAUCUAAUAGAUAGUAAAAAGAUUACCUCUUAGAAAGGAUAAAGAAUAAGAAUCAAAUGAAAAAUAAUUUUGCAAUGCCGAUAUUACCAUAAAUAUUAAUAAGGAAGUUAAGGAUGAUGCUAGUUCCAUUUCAGAAAUUAGUCGACCAGCAAGUAAUCCAAUAGCAAUAUCUACAGAAAUGAAUGGAUUAUGUUUCAUACCGUUAUAAAAAAAAGACUAAUAAUUAAUCUAAACAAGUCAACAGCAGAAAUUGCCAUGUAUUUAACUGUAAAAUGGAGCUUAUUAUGAAGGUUAAUGGAAAAAUGGAAUGAUUCAUGGUUUUGGUAAGUAUGUAUUAUCAGAAAAUUCAUUUUACAUAGGAGAUUGGUAUGAAAAUAAGCCAAAUGGAUCUGGUACAUUUCAACAUUCAAAUGGUGAUUUGUUUUUAGGUACAUGGGCUGAUGGAUAAGUUAAAGGUAGAGGGAAAUACACAUUUUCAGAUGGUACUUAUUAUGAAGGUGAAUGGAUGAAUGAUUUACCUAAUGGUUAUGGAAAAUAAAUAUAUGAUAGUGGUUGGAUAUAUGAGGGUAAAAUUUGAUCUGUAUUCCAAGGCUAGGAAGUUUUCAAGAUGGGUUUAAAAGUGGGUUUGGUAAAUUAAUAUAUCCUGAUGGAGCAAUAUAUGAAGGAAAAUUCGAAAAUGAUUUAAUGUCUGGAUUAGGAACAUUCACUUUUGUAGAUGGAAGAACAUAUACUGGAGAAUGGAAAAAUGGUGUUAAAAAUGGUAAAGGCAUUUUUGAAUGGCCAGAUGGAAGGAAAUAUGAUGGAUUAUAUGUAAAUGAUUAAAGAGAAGGAUAUGGUGUAUUAAUGUGGCCUAAUGGUUAAAAAUAUCUAGGACUUUGGAAAGGAGGACUUUAACAUGGUAAUGGAUAAAUCAUUAAAUCUAAUGGAACUACUUUCAGAGGAAAAUGGAUUAAAGGAAAAAUUGCAUCAACCAAAUUAACAACUAAUACUCCUGCUAAAGUAGUUAAAUUAACUAAUGAUUGA